AUUAUUAUUUGGCAAUUUUGUUUUUAAAUUAGGCAGCAUUUGGAUUUUGGCUUUUCUCACAUGUCGUAAUCAUUCAUGAGUAUGGUUUGGCACAGUUUAAGAGUUUUUAAAUCUCUAUCUAAAGGUCAUGUGAGACAAAUGGUGAAAAGUUCAGUUGCACAAAUGUCUUCCUUACUUAAUCACGACUUUGAAACUCUUGAAUUGACUCAACCAAGAAAUCAUGUGUAUCAAGUAAAUAUUAACAGACCAGAAAAACGAAAUGCAAUGAAUCAAACAUUCUGGAAAGAGAUGGUCACUUGUUUUGAAAAAAUUGCUAAUGAAUCUGACUGCAGGGUAGUUGUUUUAUCAGCAGCGGGAAAGAUAUUUACAGCAGGAUUAGAUCUGAUGGAUUUUUCAUCUAUUGUACUGCAACAGGACGAUAAGGAUGUUUCCAGAAAAGCUUAUAACAUGAGAAAAACAAUAGUACAAUGUCAAGAGUCAUUCUCUGUAAUAGAAAGAUGCCCUCAACCAGUCAUUGCUGCCAUUCAUUCAGCAUGCGUUGGUGGUGGUGUAGACAUGAUAUGUUCAUGUGAUAUACGAUGGUGUACCUCUGAUGCAUGGUUUCAAAUAAAGGAAGUAGAACUUGGAUUAGCAGCAGAUGUUGGGACAUUACAAAGAUUACCAAAAAUUGUUGGAAAUGAAAGUUUGGUCAGAGAACUCUGUUUUACGGCAAGAAAAUUUAUGGCUGAAGAAGCCAAAAGCUUUGGUCUUGUUAGUCGCAUAUUUCAAGACAAGGAAUCUCUACUGAAUGGUGCAUUAGAUUUAGCAAGUCAUAUUGCAAAAAUGAGUCCUAUUGCUAUCACUGGAACAAAAAAGAAUUUAAACUACUCAAGAGACCAUGGAGUCGAUGAAAGUCUGGAAUAUAUGGCUACUUGGAACAUGAGUAUGUUACAGACAGAGGACAUACUAAAGGCUGUUCAAGCUGGAAUGAACAAGGAAGAAGCAUCAUUCUCAAAACUUUGACUCAUUAAAUGAUAAAAAUUCAGGAUGCAUGAGAAUGAUGUUUAUACAAGUGACAAUAAAAAAUUAUCACACAUAA